GUAUAUCUUAUCUGAUAGAUGAUAACAUUUAUAAAGGAGCACUUGUAGUCUUAUAUAAAACAACGUUACAUUGUUAAAUACCCUAAAAUAUGAACGAUUGUAGCAUGUACGUACAAUCUUUAUAAACCAUAUAAUAUUGGAUUUAUAACCUUUUUACACGUAUAUUGGUCGGUUGUGUAAUUGAAACAUGCCGUUGUGUAGUUGUGGUGUGACCCAUCAAUGUAAUUCAGGUCAUGAGCAUAUCACCGAGGAACAGGCGUUAAAGUGUGACUUUCUGGAAGCUGAAAGGAAAUCUAACGAGAUCAACAAGAAGCGUGAAGAGCUUGAGAUUAAACAGCGCUCAAAGGAAGACAAAUAUGAGCUACAGAAGGAAGAGCUAGACGUUAAACAACAGGAACUUGAAGCCGAAUGGAAAAUGAUGUCAGCCGAAAACGAAACCAGACAGCAAGAACUUGAAAUUCAACGAGACAAGAUUGAGCUCAAACGGUUAGAGCUCGAGAAAAAGCACGAAGCGAGAAUGAAGGCCCAUGAACAAGCUUUAGCCGAGUUAACUGUGGACAAAAUGAUUGCAGAAAGAACAUUACACAAAGAGUUUAAGCAGAAAGAAGACGCGCUUGCGGCAAAACAGCUUGAAAAGCAUUUAAAGAUAAACGAAAAGAAAGAAAAGUUGGAAGAGAAGCAAAAAGAGUAUGAUCUACUGUUACAACGGAAGAAAGAGAAUGAUGAGAUGAAGAUGAAGAAUCAAGAGCUGAAGAAAGAGAAGCUAGAACAGGACAAGCAAAGGCUACAGAUGGAGAGGCAAAUGAAAAUUGCGGCAUAUGAAGAGAAAAUGACAAAGCUGGCAGAAGAAAAAGAGAAAGUCGGAACUAUGAUGGAAAGAAAUCAGGUGGAGAAGUCAUCAGUUUGCGUUAUUCUGUAGUUUAUCUAUCCUACAGGGCAUAGUGUAAAAAGAAACUGUGAUAUAUUGAAAUACAUACAAUAACUUCGUAUUUAUUUAUAUGACAUAUACUUAACCACAGCUGAAUGGAUAAAAUAUUUAUUGUUAAAACUAUUUAAGCUUUUAGAUUAUUGUGUUAUGCUUAAAAGAUAUCUUCUAUUAAAAUAUCAUUAAAGAAAGCAUCCGUCAACCUUGUGCUUAUCAUGGAGUACUUUGGUUUAUCGCCUGAAACCAAUUGCAUAUUUGUCUGUGCCAUAAAUGUUUUUCAAUGUAACUGUAUAAGUGAAAAUUUGAUCCAAUUGUUAAAGAUUUGAAGUUCCAAAUGUUUUUAAAAGACUGAACGGUAUAGCUUCGAUAUACUAUUUCAUUUUUAUCCCGUCUGAAAAUAAAAACACGGGUUGCAAGAAAAAUGCUUAUUAUAUUUUUAUCAGUUGUAUAUGGGCGUAUAUUAAUAACUGCACAAGCAGUCAAACAAUAUCAUUCUUCUUGUCUAGAUGAAGUUAGAGAUCGUUCUGUAAACCACGGUCUCUUUUUUCAGAGCAGGCGCGAGGUUAAGGGGGCGUGAGUGAUGUUGCACGUUUUUAUUAUCCGUCAUGUAUAGACUCAAUCAAAUCGAGUCUGCAAUUCUCUUCUAAUUUUGUUGUGAUCAAUGCUUCCGAGGGAUCACUAUGCGUCCAGAUUUUUUUCUUCAUCUGAUUACUUUUUUUUAUAUUAACUGCACUGCAACUACAUGUACUAGUUAUUAUAUUCCUACUUAACACCAACGACCUACGUGAGUGUUUAUGAUAGGCAUCAAGAUGUCAGUUUUCUUCAUUCAAAUGAAUGUUAAAUACUUUUCUAUUUCCAUGAUUAACCAAAUAAUGUCAACUUUUCGCAAGUUAUGACAAAUAGCUAUUGCGAUAGGUCAGUCGCUCGUGUGAAUUACAUAAUUGGCGUUUAACUAUUGUACUUAUGUAUGAAAAGCCCCGAAAAGGUUAAUUAUCUUUUACAGAUAGAACAGAAUAGAUAAGUACAUUCUACAUGAACCUAUUCUGUACUCUAUAGUGAUUUUUAAUACAGGUUAUUACUCCCAUUUUCAAAAAAGGCAAUAUAAAUGACGCAAAGAACUAUCGUGGAAUUACUUAAUUAAUGUUAUAGCAAAAACUUACUCACAUAAUUAUUAUGACUUAACCGUUUAAUGAAAUGAACUGAAAAACACGAAAAGAUUACAAAAACCUAAUUCGGAUUUCAAAAAGGAAAAUCGAUAAUUGUUUGCAUAUUUAUCCUAAAUUCUAUAAUAGCUAAAGUUUUAAAUUCUGGUGAUAAACUAUAGUGUGUGUUCAUUGAUUAUUAACAGUGUUUUGACCAAAUUGAAAGAAUCUUUUUGUGGCAAAAACUUUUGUCAGAUAAUGUUAGUUGUAAAUUUGUUAUGGCCAUAAAAUCAAUGUAUAAAACAGUAAAGUCUUGUGUAAGGUAUAAGUCAGAUACAUCUGCAUUCUUCAACUCAGGCGUGGGCUUGAAGCAAGGUGACCCCAGCUCACCUCUGCUCUUCAUGCUCUUUGUGAACGACAUUUUAGAUAAUAUAAAUACUGAUCUUGAGGGCAUUUUUACUAUAAAUGAAUUAAAACUGUUCAUUCUUAUGUAUGCAGAUGAUCAGGCAAUUUUUGCUAAAACGCCUGAAACUUUACAGUCUAUGUUAACUGGUGUGGAAAAUUAUUGUAAUUUAUGGGGUUUAAAAAUCAACAUUUCAAAAACAAAAGCGAUGAUCUUUGAAAAUGGGAGGCACACCAUGUAUAACUUCAAAAUUUAUAAUAAUAUUAUAGAAACAGUUUUCGGUUUUAAUACCUAGGUAUUACUUUAUUCAAAAAUGGUAAUUGGAACCGUACGCAAAAAUGCAUCGCUCAACAUGCAUCAAUUGCUAUGAAUACUAGUAAUCUAUUUCGUAAAUUUACGAUGUAGAACUACCAAUGGGUCAGAAGUGUAAGAGAAGCUAAGGAUAUUGAGGCUAUUCACACUAAGUUUUAAGACGCAUUUUGGGUUUAAAAAGUCAACAAAUUUAUCUACACUUUAUGGAGAAUUAGGAAAAAUUCCUUUGUUAUUCAUUCGAAAAAUAAAUAUGAUUAAGUACUGGAUAAAAAUUUUAAAACAGAAUGAUACUGCUCUGCUUAGAAGAAGCUAUUGGAUUUUAAAAGUAGAUGCAAAUCGCAAUUUAAAAUAUAAUGGGGAAAAUUGGGCUUUUCAGAUAAAAAAUAUUUUACAAGAACAUGGUUUAUUGUAUGUAUGAAAUGAUCAAUUUGAAAUCGAUAUUCAUUUUUCAUUGAUUAAACAGAGAAUUAUUGAUAACUUUUACAAAAAUGGUACUCUGAUAUCAAUAACUCUAAUCGUUUACAGUCAUAUUGUGUCUUUAAGUUUGAAUUCGAAUUUGAAGAAUAUUUGAAAGUAAUUACUGAUAAGAAAUAUAGAAUUCCAUGUCAAGAUUUAGAACUUCAUCACAUAAUCUUUUUAUAGAAUCUUGAAAAUAUAAUGAUACUCCAAGAGAACAGAGACUCUGCAAAUCGUGCAAUAUGAAAACCAUUGAAAAUGAGUACCAUUUUUUGCCAGUAUGUCCAUUUCACCGUGACCUAAGAAGUAAUUUUUUUAAAAGAUAUUAUUGUCAAUGGCCAAAUAUCACUAAAUUCGAAAGAUUAAUGUCAUCAAAAUGUAAAUCUGUUCUACUGAACAUAGCAAAAUAUAUUUAUUUUCUAUGAAAAACCGCAUCUCAUAAUACAUUCUCUAAAUUUAAAUAUCUUUAUUACCAAUUCUAUUUUUUCCUUAAUAACUAGAACUUUUUUAUAUAUAUAUGUAACAAUAUAUUUAGUAUAUCUAGACCGUUGUGAGAAUUUUUUAUGUAAUUUGAACUACUCUCUUCGGAUAUAAUUUUAUUUCUUUUGCCAUGUCUGUCGCUGAACUUUCUUCUUUUUUUUGUAUUGACUCUAAACAUACAGUAUGUUUUAUGUUUUAUGCUGAAUAAAAUUUUGUAUUGUAUU